GGUGGGGGAGCCGGGCUGCUGCGGCUGGAGCGCGCUGUCCGCGCGGCCACUGGAGACCGGGCGGCCGGCGGCCGGGCAGGCGGCGGCUACAGCGGAUGGGGACGCGGAGCCGGGCGGCUGUGGCAGCUGUGGCGGCCGCGCGGAAGCAGCUGACGGGCCGGCGGCGGCGGCGGCGCUGGCGGCGGUGACUAGCCCAGGCCCCGGCGGCGACAACGCAGCGACGCGGUGGCGGGCGGCUGGCGGGCGGCGUGAGGAGCGGCGGCGGAGCGCGGAGCCGCCGGGAACCGAGGGCGCCGGGCCGCCCCCUGUCCAGUCGUCGCAGGCCGCCAGGCCCCCUCCAGCCGGGGCCGUGGAGCACCGGGGCAAAGGCCGGGGCCCCCCCAUGAAGGAGCGCGACGCGGGCCCGGCCGAGCGGGGCAAGCCGGCCACCUACACCGGGGACAAGAAGGCGAAGAUGGCGGCCAAGACCAACAAGAAGUGGGUCCGGCUCGCCACCGUGUUCGCCUACGUGCUCUCCGUGUCGCUGGCCGCCAUCGUGCUGGCGGUCUACUACAGCCUCAUCUGGCAGCCGGUGGGCGCCGGGACCUCGGGGGGAGCCGCGGGCCCGCCUUCCGGUGGCUCCAAUGCCACUGGCCCGUCUGGGACUUCGGGGGCUGCUGCCGCGGGGCCCAACAGCACCGGGUUGUCCCGCCGCGAGGCACCGCGCGAUGCACCCCCGUUGCAGGCUGUGCGGCCGGAGCCCCUGGAAACCCCUGCAGACAGCCCCAUGGCCGGGCCACUUGAGCGCCCCCGGGGCCCGGACGAGGACGAGGAGGAGGCAGCGGCAAUGCCCCGGAGUCACUGAGUCCUUGCACCAGGGGCGGGGAACCAUCCUUCCCAAGCUGGACUUUGCAGCAGGACGGGGCAGGAGUGACCCUUCCGGAGUGAACGCCCCCCCCCCCUCCAACACACACAAUCCUACGAUCGCCAGCUUGCCCGGAGCCAGUGGCUCAUAACCGGAUCUUCAGGGACCACGAUUCUCUGGGAACUGGGGUUUGGUCUUCCCAGGACUGUGCCACACCAGGGCCCUGAGUCCUGAGAAGGAAGAGGGGUAGGGGAUCCUAGUACUGAACCCUUCUGUUGCCGAAGCUCUGAUGUUUCCUAUAUGCAGGGGUGACUGGGACAUUUCCCCCCAAGACUCAGGGGAAGAGGGAGCUGUAGGGGCUCUUUUUUUAAUAAGCUGAAGCUCUCAAAAGGAAGAGGGCACCAAAAGUAGUGGAGCUCAGGUAUGUCAACCUAGUUGCAGUGGCCAGAAAUGUAUUUAAUUUAUAGAUCCCUGUAUAUAGUUGUUGACAUAUGCAUUAGCAGCUCUAAUCACAGAACUCUUAUGUAUCCUCCCAUACCCUGGGUAGCUACUGACUGAUGGGGUCCAGCAAGGGCUAUUUGUGGCCUCCAAAGAACCUAGCCAGAAGGGCACAAACAUGGCUUUUUUCACCACCCUUUCUUUCUUCUGUCCCCCACCUAUUUCAGAAAGAGAGGUUUAUGAUAUUCUUACACAAGAGUAUAAUCAUUCUUAGACUGUUGACCUGACGGUAGAAGAAGUAAGCAGUUUAGGGAGGGUGGGGAAUGUACUGAUCCUUCCUCUUCCUAUCCCUUAUACCCCCAGGAAAGUGGCUUCCUGUCCUAGCCCUGAGGGUCUGGAUGUGGGCCAGGGAGGAUGGAAGGGAAAGGGCAGUGCUGCUGUGCUUCAACACUUGGCCUUCCUUUCACAAAAUUCUUUUAGGAAGAACAGCUUUUGUAAGUAGAGUGGCAAAUGUUUUAUCUUUUUUAGUCCCCUGCUCUUCAGGAUCUUGUCGGAUUCCAGACCUUGUCUUAAUUUGUUUCUUGCUCCUCAAGAUCUUGGCUUGUUCACAUUUGCCUUCCUUCUUUCCUGAGCCUAUAGCAACUCAGCCACUCUGCUAUUAGGAUGAAAUCUCUUGUGAAAUGAGCUUUGUGUCCUCCAGGUUUGAGUUGUACUACAGAAUCAGAAAGGCUGGUAGGUGGGCUUCAAACUAAGGAUUGUGCUUACUGUGCUUAAGGGUUAUGAUAGCCUAUUAAGAGACCAGCCAUGGGAAGGUUGAAUUGGCUUCUUUAUCUUUUCUGAUAAACCUCACUUAAAUGCAGCCUAUAAUUUUAUAGAGGAGGUGACAAACAUUAAGGGAAAUGACAUACAUAUGCUUUGGGGCAGCAAGAAUUAUACUUCCUCAGUUUGGAUUGCAUUUUUUUCUGCCACUUGCUUUUAGGCACUUAAGUGUGAGUAGUGACAAGAUAUCAAACUCUUGUGUUUCCUUUUUUGGGAAAUAAGUCACUUAAAAAAAAAUAAAGGGAAAACAAAUGCACCUGGGUCCUGAAACAGUUUGUAUUUCCAGUUUUCUGGCUUGCAUUCUAGUUAGCUCCAGUUCAGAUUUACAGGACAAUAGCCUUGCUUUAAGCCAUGUCCUGUUGUGGCCAAGAAAAUAGCAACUGAGCUGUCACAGCCUACCAGCAGGCUGGUAACACCCCAAGGUCUCUGGACUUAGAGGACAUUUCUUAGACUAGGAUUUCAGUCAUCAGGAAGCCUAUGAGGCCUUUUUAAAUUUUUGGUGAGAGACGGAGGGAAGAAACAAAAUGCUACUUUAUAACUUCAAUAAUAGCCUGUAAUUUAUAUUUAUUGUGUGAAUUUUUAGUCCUAUAUUUUAAUAAUUUGUAAAUCGAUCUCUUAUUCCAAGAAUCCUUUGGACUUGCAGGAGAACAUCUGGGAGUCCAUCCCCCCACCCACCCCCGAUCCCAGCUUUUUGGACUGUUUAAAUCUACUUUGGGAUGGAUCAAAGAGCCUAGGGAGUCCACUCAUGGGUCUAGCUGGCCUCCUGACUCUAAAGCCUCCACUGGAAUUGGGACAUUCGCUCCAGCCCUAGCUGUGAACACGACCAGAGACGUUAUUUAUAAUUCAGCCAUUCAAGAUAUACCUGUACUCAAAAAAUCCUGUAUAUUUUUAAAAAGUUUUAUUUUUCAGGUGAACAAAAAUACAUUCUAAGAACUCUGCCUAA